UGACUGAGAUGAAUGAUUUUUAUUGACAUAUAGUUUCUUGGUAACGCUGCUCUGUGGUGUGUACUGUGACUUUAAAGGCCGCUCCUCCUCCUCUGCUUUCCUCCGCUGUGGAGGUGCUGAAACGUCGCCUUUCUCGUUUCAGAGCAAGCAGCCAUGGCUGAAAUAAAGACGGGCAUAUUUGCCAAAAACGUCCAAAAAAGGCUCAGUCGGGCACAAGAGAAGGUUCUGCAGAAGUUGGGAAAGGCAGAUGAGACAAAAGAUGAACAGUUUGAGCAGUGUGUGCAGAACUUCAAAAGACAGGAGACUGAGGGCUCUAGGCUACAGAGGGAGAUGAAGGCUUACAUAGCAGCUGUGAAAGGGAUGCAGCAGGCUUCUAUGAAUUUGACAGAGUCAUUACAUGAAGUCUAUGAGCCUGACUGGCACGGCAAGGAUGACGUCAUGACCAUUGGAAAGAACUGUGAUGCUUUGUGGGAGGACUUCCAUCAGAAGCUAGUGGACUCCACUCUCGACACAUUGGAAACAUAUUUGACACAGUUCCCAGAUCUCAAGGUGCGUGUAGCGAAGAGAAGCAGGAAGUUAAUUGACUAUGACAGUGCAAGGCACCAUCUUGAGACCCUUCAGACAUCAACCAUGAGGAAUGAGAAAAAAAUAGCAAAAGCAGAGGAAGACUUGAAAAAGGCACAAAGGGUUUUUGAUGAUCUCAAUGUUGGCCUGCAGGAUGAGCUGCCCACGCUCUGGGACAAUCGGGUGGGGUUCUAUAUAAGCACCUUCAAGAAUGUCUCUGGCCUGGAAGCCCGAUUCCACAGGGAGAUCUCUUUUCUCUGUCACAAGCUGUAUGAAGUGAUGAAUAAGCUUGCUGAGCAGCAUUCCGACAAAAUGUUCACUAUUCAAGGAGCACCCAGUGACUCGGGACCACUCCGAUUAGCCAGGACCCCCACCCCUCCUGAUGAUGAAAGCCCAGACAGCAGCCCAGCUGCCAGCCCCAACCACAUACUGAGGCCCAGCUCCCCUGGCCCUCCUCGACCCAAAUCCCCUUCACAGCUUAAGAUGGGACCUCCAAAACCUCCUCCUCCAAAAGUUACUCCAACCAGGGAGCUGCAACAAGAGCAGAUAAUAGACCUGUUCGACGGAGGCUUUCCAGAGAUCAGUGUUACCUUACCACAGCCAAACGAGAAACCCGGAGAAUCUCUCCUGGACUUGGAUUUUGAUCCGUUUAAGCCUGAUAUAAAUACACCUAUUGGGCAGACCCAAUCACCCAUAUCUCAGACACUACCUUGGGAUCUUUGGGCGGGAAAUGCAGAGCCUGCACAGCCUGCUACCGAUGCUGGCUUCACUGCCAAUUGGGCAGCAGACUUUAGCUCGCCAUCAGCUUCGGGUGCAGAGGAAUCUGGAAAUGUUCAGCCUGCAGUUGAAGGCCAGGGCUGGCCACCUGCUGAGGGCUGGCCUACAGAGGCAGUUCCACAGCCCCAAGGAGAGGCAGCCACUGAUGAGGUGUCCAACAAGACUUUUAAUGGAUUUUCUAAGGAUGCAACAGUCCCAACAUUUGCUGCCGAAUUUGAUAAUAUGUCUGAGGCUCAGGCCCCAGAGAGUGAUGUAGCUGAAGGAGAAGUUGAAGCAACCCCAGCUUCAGUACCUGAGGGUGCUGAGAGCCCCGUCACAACUCCCCCUACAGACACCCAACCAGAGGAGACCACUGCCUCAAGCCCCCCAGCAGAGAAAGCCACUAGCCCUGUGGAGUCUCCUGUGUGUGCUGAGACUGAAGCAGCUGAGCUGACUGAGCUCCCAACCGAAGACAUAGAAAAGGAGCAACCCAACCAAGAAGUGCCGGAAUCAUCUCCAGUUCAAGAAACAGAGGUGUCACCUGCAGAGGCUAUUGCAGAAGAUAAAGAGUCUCCCAUUGAAGAGACUCUGAUUAUAGAUGCCAAACCAGAGGAAGAGGCCAGUUCAAUAGAAGCCAAACCAGGGGGCCCUGACAAUGUUGAGCCCAAACCAGAAGAUGAACCAGAUAAUGUUGAAUCCAAACCAGGAGAGGUUCCUGAUAAUGUUGAACCCCAACCAGGGGAUGAAACCAGUAAGGAGGGUGCAGAAAACAAUGGGAAAGAGGAGGAGAAGAUGCGUAUUCCUUCUGUUGUCAUUGAGCCUGCCUCUAGUAACGAGGGUGAUGAUGACCGUGAUGGUGAUAUCACAUCUCCAACAGCAACCAGUGACAAUGGAGUGACACCAGAAUUCCAAACAACCAAAGAGCCCUUUGGAAUGCCUUCUGGCUACCUUUUCAAGGUUGAAACACUGCAUGAUUUUGAUGCAGCAAACCCAGAUGAACUGGAACUGAAGAAAGGAGACAUUGUUUUGGUAAUACCCACAGAGCUGGCUGAAGAUCAGGAUGCUGGUUGGCUCACUGGCAUCAAAGAGAGUGAGUGGUUACAGCUGGGUACCUCAGCUCACAAAGGACUGUUUCCUGAAAACUUUACAAAGCGUCUGGAGUAAAAUGACCUCAGUGUGUUGUGAGAAGGCAAGUGGAUCUGAACGCUAGCUGACAGACCCACCCACCACAAAGUCUUAAGUACUGAUGACACCUGUCAAUCAGACUGGGCAGGAAAUGACACAAUCAACAAAAUGAAGCAAGUGGAGACUCAAAUACUUACUCAGAACAUAAAGAAAAUAAUCAAGCAUGACGUGAUAGUAUGGUCAACCUUUCUCGCAAAAACAAGAUAUACCUGUUUUUGUUUGUUUCCCUGUGAGCAGCAACGAAUUGAUGUGUGCUUUGUUGGAACUCUGGUGAGUUCCACAUGUAACCCCUGUCCGUUUAAAGAAGAACUAAAGUGAAGGUUUUCCCCCUGAAGACAGAAAAUACCUUACCCUCUCUGCACCAAGUGUAUUGUAUUGACUUUGUUGCUCUGCAGCAAAUUUUAUCAGAAUUUGUAGUGAUAUGAUCUAUUUAACCAUUCUAAGUGUUACACAGGACUUAGGUGUUUUCUUUGAGAUAUUUCAGAUAUAAAUGUUACAUUUGCAUCAUUAGUGUUCACUGUAGUUUCACGGCAGGCCAUGCGCGGCUAUGGUGGUGGUAUUUGGCAUAUUUGAUAUUGAUGUUGUUAUGGACAAGACUUUCAGUGUUUAUGCCAAAUUAAUCAAAAUCCUAAUGAAUAUGGAUAUCUGGUGAGUUUACAACAUGUGAAAUGUUCUGAGAAGAAUUCAGAAAUAUUGCACCAGGCAAAUACAGCUUUGCAAAAUGUAGCUCCCUGUAAGUACAGACAUUAUGUGUAUUAUAUUCACAAUUACAUAAACACAGAACUUAUCCUUGAAUGGACGUGGAAAUAUGAAUUUGUGAAUGAUGUUUUAUGUUUGAAGAAAUUGUAUUUAUUCAACUUUAUAUUUUUUAAGCCAAUGAUCAGUGGGAGAGUUUGGGGGUGGGAAAUUGAAAAAAUAAUAUGCAAUAUAUGUGAUUGGUUGAUAGAGUAAUCAUUGUCUUCAUCGUUUGGUUCUGAGACAAAAACAGCAUCACUCCUGUGUUCCUAUUGUUAGCCUCACUGUAGAGCAUUUCUGUGAUGUACAUACAGUAUCUGUGCUAAUUUACCUAUAAAGUGAAUAAAGAAUAGUUAGUAUAAGUUUUGGUUCAGCUUAAGGAGUUGAACAGCAUAUCAAUAUAUAAAGUUGGUUUCUUCCAAA